UCUUGAUUCUUUUAUGGGAUUAUUAAAGAUUUGAAUUAAUUUUUUUCUUUUUGCAGAUUUUAUUGAUGAUGAUGAUGACGACAAGAUAAGUGGAUAGUUUUUAUUGUGUGAGGGUAAAUUGGUCUUUUUGCUGGUGUUUAUAAUCUUUAGGAUAUUAAAUUUUGGGAAUUGUUUUUUUUUUUUUUUUUUAUCUUGUUGAAGAAGAUGAGUUCAAGUGGUGUUUCAGAAAGUGUGAUACAAAGAGGGAAGCUUUUGGUUCAUGUAGCCGAAAACGGGCAUUCGUAUGAACUGAAUUGUGAUGAAGAUACUCUUGUUGCAUCGGUUCAAAAGUAUCUUGAAUCGCUUUCGGGUAUUCAUUUAAAUGAUCAGCUUCUUUUGUAUUUAGCCAUGAAAUUAGAACCACAACAGCCACUUUCUACUUACAAAUUGCCUUUAGAUGAUAAAGAAGUGUUUUUAUAUAAUAAAUCGAAAAUGAGAAAUAACUCGACCCCACCUCAACCUGAAGAAAUAGAAUCACCUGACAAAAUCCAUCCUGACCCUUCACGACCAUCAUCAUCGUCCAACGAUCCUCAUCCAUUGGAGGACGCUGCUGAUCCUGCUUUAAAAGCGCUAGCUUCAUACGCGAUACAGUUUAGGUACCAUUAUCAGUUCGGAGAUGCCAUCUGUCGACGUACCCUUUUGAAAUACGAGAUAUGCGAGAGGCUUUUAAGAGAGCAGAAGGUGCAAGAGAAGGCAUUAGAGAUUGCCAGGGGUAAUUUGGACCAUAUCUAUAAGAUGAUCCUUCAUAAUUACACAGAUUUUGUUCGGCGCUAUUCUCAUCAGCAGAAAUCACAUUCUAAUCUUUUAGUUAAUUUUUGGAGGGAUUUGGAGAGAUUAAGAGCUAUUAAACUUAUACCCGUGUUACAGACUGAUAGUUGCAAGUGUUUAUCAGAUUUUGUGAAGGACGAAAAUCUGAGUAAAAUGAUGGAAGAUUGCAACAAUUUGCAUAGGCAGUUUGAAAGUAAAGUUGGCGAUUUUAAGCAAGAAUUUAGAGAGCUAAAGGGUAGUACAGAACAAUUGUUUUCUAGUGCAGCUUCGAUUAUUAGUAGUGAUUUGGAGAAAACUAUCAAGGAGCAUCGACACUAUAUAACUGAGCAAAAGAGUAUAAUGCAAGCUUUGAGCAAAGAUGUCAGCAUGGUAAAGAAACUCGUGGGCGAAUGUUUGACAAGUCAACUAUCUAAUUCUGUUCGUCCGCAUGAUGCUGUUUCUGCAUUAGGUCCCAUGUACGAUGGUCAUGACAAAAAUUAUCUUCCUAAAAUGCAAGCAUGUGAGCGUGCUGUUUCAAACCUCUUUCUGUUUUGCAAGGAAAAAAAGUCAGAAAUGAACAGUUUUGUUCAUGGGUACAUGCAAAAGAUUGCAUAUAUUCAGUACACAAUCAGAGAUGUUAGGUACAAGUUUUCGGUUUUCAAUGAAGCAAUGAUUCAUCAAAGUGACCAAUUUGAGCACUUAAGAGUUGUUCGUGGGAUUGAGCCCGCCUAUCGAGCUUGUCUUGCUGAAAUUGUGAGAAGAAAGGCAUCUAUGAAACUUUAUAUGGGGAUGGCAGGCCAAUUGGCUGAAAAGCUUGCAUCUAAACGGGAAUCUGAAGUGAGAAAACGAGAGGAGUUUCUUAAAAUACACAGUUUAUAUAUACCCCGAGAUGUUUUAGCAUUAAUGGGAUUGUAUGAUACUCCAAGCACAUGUGACGUUAAUGUAGCUCCAUUUGAUAGUAAUUUACUUGAUCUUGAUAUAUCAGAUUUGGACCGGUUUGCCCCUGAACAGUAUAAUGACUCUGAGGAGUCUAUUGAUUUGGAGGAGAUUGCUGGGACAAAUAAGUUGGAAGUUGAGAACGCAAAGUUAAAAGCUGAACUUGCUUCUGCUAUAGCUCGUCUUUGCUUUUUCCCGUUGGAGAUUGAGUCUGAAUCUGUAAAUGAGAGUAAAAUGGACAAUACACUGAAAGAGGGCGCUGAAAAGGCAAAUGAAGCUCUGCGUUUGAAAGAUGAAUAUGGGAAACAGUUAGAAUCUAUUUUAAAAGAAAAACAAAUGCAAUGCGAGUUGUAUGAGAAGCGGAUAAAAGAGCUGGAGGAAAGGCUAUCUGAUCAGUAUUCAAAAGGGGAUUCCUUUUUGACUGGGAAAAUAGGUGAUAGCAAAUCAGAGAUAUCAGGCUAUGGAGAAGCACAGGGGCAUAAUGGUCAAUUUUCUGAGCCUAUGGAUGAUGCUUCAUAUGGUUAUAAUUCAUUAGUUUCAAAAUCGGGUUUUGAUAAAUUUGACAAGAAUUUGGAUGAUACGAUGAGUGAUUCAUCCGCAAUGGUAAACCCGAACGCUAGUUUGGACUUAUCAAUGCAAGAACCCAACCAGGAUGAAUCUCAUGUGAAUGAAAAUGACGAGAAAGAGGACCCGGUGCCAGAUAAUGGGAUCCGGUUGGUUACUAGUUCCACAGCUGACAAUAUGUCUGAACAUGGGAAGACUGAUGGGAAGACUGAUGACCUUGUGGUGGAAUUGCAGCAGAUAAUCAAAGAGAAGUCGAAUCUACUGAUGGAAAUGGAAACUAAACUUCAGGCUGCAACAGAGGAGGUCAUACAGAUUACUAGGGAUUUGGAAACUAAUCGGAAUCUUUUAGACGAGUCUCAGAUGAAUUGUGCUCACUUAGAGAAUUGUCUUCGCGAAGCUCGAGAAGAAGCUCAAACUCAUCUUUGUGCAGCCGAUAGAAGGGCAUCUGAGUAUAACACAUUGCGGGGAUCGACUUUAAAAUUACGGAGCUUCUUUGAACGACUUAAAGUUUGUGCUUCCUCAGAUGGUGUCACUGCUUUCGCUGACUCAUUGCAAUCUUUAGCUCAAUCUCUAACCAAUUGCAGUUCUGCAAAUGACAAUGCUGAUGAUGGUACUGCUGAAUUUCGUGAAUGUGUUCGGGAGUUCGCUAAAAAAGUUGGGCUUUUGGCUAAGCAUCGUGCUGAGUGGAUCGACAGGUACACAAAAGCUGAAGCUUCCGCCAAACAACUUGCAAAGGAGCUGGAUGAAAAGAACGUGUUAUACAGCGCUUUGUACAUGAAGCAUCAAUCCGACAAACAGGCUAACAGAGAGAAGGUAUCUUUUGGACGUUUAGAACUUCAUGAAAUUGCUGCAUUUGUACUCAACAAAGCUGGAAUAUACACAGCAAUUAACCGAUACUGUAAUCAUUACUACCUCUCUCCAGAGUCGGCUGCAUUGUAUGUCGACAACAUUGAACAUCGUCCCACUUACAUUGUUGGCCAGAUUGUGCACAUUGAGCGACAGACUGUAAAACCAUUACUACCCUCUCUGGUUCAAGGCGGGGAUGGAAGUGGCUCCAGCCGAUUAGGCUUGAGUCCAGGUCCCAGUAAUGCAAACCCAUACAGUUUAGCAGUUGGGUGUGAGUUUUUCGUGGUGACAGUAGCUAUGUUGCCAGAUACGGCCAUUUAACCACCACCUGCCGCUGCUUCCUGAUCUAAAAGACUCGAUAAGAUAUGAUGGAAGAAAUAAAAAAGAUGCAGCAGUGAAGUGUACAUACAUUUUCUUUACUUGAAUUGUUAAUUGAAACUGUUCUGUUUGAUCUCUUUCUACAGUUGCUUAUUUCCGCUCAUUUGUAUAGUAGCUCUCUUAGCAUAUAAAAACCCUGUGUGUAUAUAUAUAUAUAUAUAGCUAAUCAUUAAUGUUA